GCCACCGCCUAAAAAACUUCACGAACGCAUAAAUAAACAAAAAGAAAAAAUAAAACAGUAUACAAUUUUACUCAAAUAUGUAGCUUCGAUGAUUGAAUAACCUGUGAUGUAUGUGCAUUCAUGAAUAAUAUGAAAAACUACGACAAUCAAAAACAUCAAACCGGUAAGGAUGCCAUGGCGGGUUAUGUCUUGUGGACUGAUGGACUAAUUUGUGCUUUUGAAGCUAAACGUGGCCACAGGAAGUGUAGACCUCAGGAUAUAAUCGGGUGGAAGAAAAACGGAUCCAAAAAUGGAAUACCCGAUGGUUUGGAUGACAACGUUUAUAAUACUGAACAUUGUAUAGGGCCGGUUAAUGAUACUACUACUAUAUAUACUGGAAAUUAUUGGAUACCGAUUGGGUGGUCUAGGAUUGCUCAACUUGUGGAGAAAAUUCAAGUUGAUGGCUACUGGGAAACUGAAAAUGUAGAGUUUGAAAUUGAUGAUAAUGAAGUCACGGUUGCAGAUAUUGCUGUGCCAUUUAGGGAACGACCCGUAGGGCCUACUUGGUGGUGUCAUGUUGAUGCAGGACAUCCUUCUGUUAGUUCUUGGUUGAGUAACUCGAAAUGGUUACAUCCGGCUAUCAGCAUUGCUUUACGAGAUGAAAGUAAACUUAUAAGUGAACGUAUGAAGCACCUUCUUUACGAGGUUCCUGUCAGGGUUGCAGGUGGAUUGUUAUUUGAACUAUUAGGACAGUCAGCUGGUGAUCCAUAUGUUGAAGAAGAUGAUAUUCCAGUAGUACUAAGAUCAUGGCAAGCACAGAACUUCCUAGUUACUGCAUUGCAUGUCAAAGGUUAUGCAACAAACAUCAAUGUGCUAGGAGUUUCGGAAGUCCAGGAGCUGCUUGCUGCAGGAGGUAGUAAUCUACCACAAACGAUUCAUGAAGUUAUUGCACUUCUAGCAUGCCGUCUUGCCCGUUGGGAUGAUAGACUGUUUAGGAAAUACAUUUUUGGAGCAGCAGAUGAAGUUGAACUGAAGUUCAUGAACAGGAGAAACCAUGAGGAUUUGCAUCUAUUCAGCAUAAUAUUGAACCAAGAAAUCAGAAGGUUAUCUUCACAGGUGAUAAGAGUCAAGUGGUCUCUACAUGCCAGAGAAGAAAUUGUUUUUGAGCUCCUUCAACAUUUGAGAGGUAAUGCAGCAAAGCGUUUGCUGGAAGGAGUAACAAAGAGUACUAGGCAAAUGAUUGAGGAGCAAGAAGCAGUACGCGGACGUUUGUUUACAGUACAAGAUGUCAUGCAGAGUACUGUCAGGGCCUGGUUACAGGAUAAAAGCCUGCGUGUGACACAUAAUCUAGGAGUCUUUGGUGGUUGUGGUCUUGUUCUUUCCAUCAUCACUGGUCUCUUUGGGAUAAACGUGGACGGAAUUCCCGGAUCAGAAAAUUCACCAUAUGCAUUUCUGCUAUUUUCUUGUAUUCUUGUUCUUCUAGGCAUUGUGCUGAUCUUCAUAGGCUUACUCUACCUUGGACUUAAAAACCCCGCCAUGGAGGAGGAAGUUGAGGUCAGAAGAUUAGAGUUACAAGAACUUGUAAAAAUGUUCCAGAAAGAGGCAGAAUCUCAUGCUCAACUUCGGAAAUCUGAUUCAAAAACCCAUAUGUAUUCACCUCCUGCAUCUGCCAUACUACCUGGCAAUUCUGAUAGUUAUGUUCUUAUGCCCUCAGAAGGCAGAACAACACGCUGAUCCAAGGUAAUGCGAUGAUUGAAUCAAUGCUGAUUCAAGGUAAUAUGAUGCUUAUAACAAAUGCUGAUUCAAGAUAAUGUGAUGAUAAUAGAGUAAUAGGUAUGUUCAUGCCAUUGUCAUUAGGAACGGAUAACUUUUCUUCAAUAACUAUCUUGUAAACAUAGAAAUGAACAUUGUAUAUUGCUUAAAUGAGCCUUUUUGGGCAAACAAUUCCGAUUCUGACAGAUUUUCUUAGAUAGCAAGGUGGGCAAAUUAAGCACCUGUUGGUAACUAGUAAAAUAGUGCGGUAGUUAGCCCGUGUCGUUUUAUAGUAUAGGUCAAAAGUUGGUAGACCCACAGAUGCUUUAUCGUGAGCAAAGAUGGUGCUAUACACAA